GUGAGGGACAGAGGGAGGGACUGAAUUACCAUAGAAACUGCUCGGACUGUUCAGAGGAGCAGCAGAGAAAAGGUGAAAGCUGAAGUGGUCCAACUGUCAAGGUCACGGAUCCAGACUGCUACAACACCACGGACUGAUCACAGCUGAAUUUUUUUUAUAUUACAGAGAGAAGGUGUGUUUUUUUGGGCGUUUUUUUUUGUUGUUGUUGAAAGCUGCCGAUGUUCGGCUGCACUGCAGUCCAAGCCUUUUGUAGGGUUUUUAUUUUUUUUACUUUUUGUAUUUUCUCGUGAUUAUUCCCAUGGGUGACUGAUGGAACAGGAGCCAUAUGGAGAAAAAAGUCCUCGCUGGCACAGGUAAACGUCCACUCAUGGAUCUGAACUCACCUCAACAUCUCCAGUAAAGGAUCGCACAAAACUGACACUAAGUGGUGCCGAUUACAAGGAUGAGAGAGAAGAAGUCUGACAGGAUCCCAAACGUACACACCACAGCGGUGUGCAAAUUCUUCCACACAUGAAAGUUACUCAAUUCAUCAGAAUGUCAUCCAGAGGUGGGGUUCCUCCCAACAUCAGUGUCUCGGUGCUCCAUACCGUGCUCAGUUCCUGGUCACCCUCUCCCUCCAUCACCCCUCCAUCUCCAUCUUGCAGCAUAGAUGAAUCCUACAAGUACAUCUUCCUCCCCAUCUGUUACUCUUUCACAUUCCUCUUCAGCAUUUUCCUUAACUCUGUCGUCCUCUACCGCUCGUUCUGCCAGACCAAGCGCUGGAAUGCCUCUCUCAUCUACAUGGUCAACCUGGCCUCUACAGACUUCAUGUACGGCCUGUCACUGCCAUUCCUUGUGGCUAGUUACAUCAUGCGUGACCGUUGGGUCUUUGGGGACUUCAUGUGCCGCCUGGUCCGUUUUCUCUUCUACUUUAACCUUUACUGCUCGAUCUUCUUCCUCACUUGCAUCUCUGUCCACAGAUACCUCGGUAUCUGCCACCCAAUGAAAGUCAUCACACUGGAGACCAAGAAGGCUGUGAAGUGCACUUGUGUUCUGGUUUGGAUUGUAGUUUUUGCUUUGACCUGCCCUAUCUUCCGGUUUGCUCAGACUGGUCAUGUGACAAGACUGGGGGGGACUGGCACCAAUGUAAGCGGUACUGACAACCAAAGCCAUGAGAUACCAUCAAUCAAUGUUAAUGCAAGCCAUGGUAACCUGGAAGGGGUCAUUGAGGAAUACCAGAACUGUUGGGACGAUGCCAUAGAUAAGGAGUUUCCUGAUUACGUACCCUAUGGCAUCAUACUCCAUUUGCUGGGCUUUUUUGUGCCUUUUUCCAUAAUUGCUUGGUGCUACUCUCAUGUUGUUCUAACCAUAUUUAGAACUCUGCAUUCACGGCCCUCAUCCCACAGAGGUCCAAGAGAGGGCGGACAUGAAGGAGUGGAGAAAAGGGAGAGAAGGAGCUCUGCAAUACUCGGAAGAGAAAGAAGAGGAAGCAAUGGAAUGUCAAGGGCAGUGGGAAGAGAUAAAGGGAUGUCCAUUUAUCUUGGCGCCCACUCCCCAUAUGCCAAUCGCAGACGUAAAUCUAUCAAGACUAUUAUCACCAUCACUCUCCUCUUUGCUCUGUGUUUCCUCCCCUUUCAUGUAACUAGGACAAUCUUCCUCCUGUUGAAAGUGACAAAUAGGGUCCCCUGUCACACCAUGACCAUGGUCUCCAUGUGCUAUAAGAUUACGAGGCCUUUGGCAUCAUUCAACGCAUGGCUCAAUGCCCUCCUUUACUUUCUAACUAAAGACAAGGCCUGCUGCCAAACGGUAAACAGCAACACCCGACAACAUGGUGGCCAUUUGUUGCCUCUAAGGAUGAUGGGAAAAGCAGAGGAUGCCGAGGAUGGAGAGAUGGAAGACGGAAUGGAUAAUAAGGAGAAUAAAGCAUUUCACAACAGUCCAGCAUACAUGAACAGAGCAAAAGUCAGAUACAUAGUUGAAUGAAUGUUUUCCUAAGAAACAAAAAAUGGGAUUUUUGAUGCACUGUGGAUUGUCUUUUACUGGAAGACAAAAUAAAACAUAUUAUCAGCACUGUAGCAAAGGCAGUGAUUAAAAAUUCUGAAUAUACCUUUUAUUUGUAGUGUUUUGGGCCUAAGAGCAGGUCUGAUGCAAGUCAUUUUUUGAAGGCUAGCAUGUGGGUAAAUACAAGAUGAAUGAAAAUGUGACCUUAUCAUGGUAAUUUUGUUAUUUUGUUGUACAUGGUGUAUAUUUAUAAAGUGUUACAGAUUUUGGUUAGUGAUCACAGUGAACACAGUGAACGUUAGUGAACACAAGUGACAGGUAUUCCAUUGAAGGAUGACAAAAUAGAGCUUGAGAGAAAAUGACAACCUCUGUCAUCCUUUGCACAACUACAGUGCUGAUGUUGGGCAAAGCAGUUAAUUGCUACUUUAAAAAAGAAUUACACUACAUAAUUACUCAGCAACAAAAAAUAAUGUGCUACAUUGGUCAUUAUUUUAAUUUCAUUAGUCAGCCUAGCUGUUAGCCUAGAGUGACCAUGUGUCCUGCUUUAUGUGGGACUGCACAGCAUUUUUAACCCUUUUCCAACGUCCCACAAAUAGAGAUGAUGUCUCGCAGUUCGAUUGGCUCUAGUUUUCAAAAGUUACGAUGCUUUUCACAGACGCUUGUCUAAAAUCUGCCUUGUGCCCAAUGGCUGUGAAGAAAGAGUGAAAGCUGUCAUUAAGGGGCUGUGUAUUGAUGUCAAUCAAACUGCGCACACAAGGGUUACUUAGGCAGAUUUUCCUCUUCACACAGAGGGAGAAUACAAUGUGAAGAGACACAGUGCAUGCGAGACGCACAAGAAACGUGUCGCCAGAAAAAAAAAAUGUCCCGAUCUAUGGAUGCAUUCCUACUGAAACCCAAAGAUGACUGUCAGACAGAUAAGGUAACAGCAGCUGAAAUAACUAGCAUUUACCACACUGUGCAGCAUUCCCAGUCAUACAGGUCAGCAGACUGUGGUAGAAGGCUAGCACCUGUCAUGUUUCCAUACUCGAACAUUACAUUACUAAUAUUUUAUUUUGUGUCAAAUUUCUAUUAAGAUUUAUUGCUUGGAUUUUAGUUAGGAGGCUUAAAAGGCUUGAAGUGAAUGAUGCCUUCUGGUUCUACUUCUGUAUGUGGUUCAGUAGAUGGUGGUACUAGAAAAGUCUGAAUAAAUUUGACACUAUGCUGUUUGAAAGGCACAACUUUUUUUGUCCCACAUUGUCCCACACAAACAUAUUCUUUGCCCCACAUUUUGUUUGUUGGGAUCUGAUCACCCUAGCCUAGCUCUGUCAAAGGUGCUUUGAGAAGGCUGUAAGGCCUCCACUCCCGGAUCAGAAGAAGAGACAGAUGUACAAACAGGAAAAUUAGUUAUUGUGGUUUGACAAGCAGGCAGCCCUGCAAUUUGUAGGUACCUAUUGACAGUUCAUCAAUGACCUUAGCCUCAGUGACAGAUGUGCAGGAGCAUGGUUACACACACAAACACACACACACACACACACACACACACACACACACACACACACACACACACACACACAAACACACAAAGCAAAACUGCUGAAUGCAGGCAUAGUUAUGGCUGGCAUCUUUGGAAUUAAAAGGAGUCAUAUUUCUUCUCAUUUGGUUAGACUACCCGCCUCCCCCCACUCAACUGAUUAUUCAUAAUUAAGCAUGCUAUUGUAGUGAAUUCAUGUCUUCAAACGCUUUAGAGAUGUUUCUAUGACUUGAUUGUAUGUUCUGAUGGUAAUGCUACUGUGUUGACAUUGAACCACAAGUUUCAAAGGAAGUGCUUGGUAGCUCAUUAAACAACAUUAACCAUAGACUGUAUAUAAAGACUGAUUACAUGAGAGCUCGCAGAAAUUGAGCCUAACAUUUUUGUAUCGCCCCUGGUAGCUGUCUGUGGUAUAGGUCAUAAACCCUGCCCACUCUAUGUUGACAAACGGGAUGUGGAUCAAACAAAAAAAAUUAAACGUACGCCAAAUUAUUUUUUUUCCAAAAAUGAUUUCUGUCAUUUUUUUAAUCACACUGCUGUAUAUUGAAGUGUUCUUGUUUCUGAAAAGUUUGGUUUUAAUUAGUUAUUUGAUGCUAGAAAAAGGGGUGAACCAUCAAGAUUGACAGCUGAGAUUGACAUUGGCAAUUGGUGAGUGUUAUUCCUGUUUGUGUGAUUCAUCAUGCCUUACUCCUCCCUAUAAAGGUUGGUAACUUUUAAAACUUUUGCUAAGAAAUCCACAGUAAAGAUGUCCACCUCUGCAAGCCACGCCACAUCCACAAUUUCUUGUCCAGCCUUCCCCAGUCAAUUGAACUCAAACCUUGAACAGUUCACGCAAUGAGCAAACACUUGGUGACAGUGGAGAGAAAUCAACCUCAAUCCAUCUCCACUGCACAUGUCAGAGCAUUCGUCAAGCAACUGUGUGCCUCUUAGGUGUCAUAACAGAAUAAAGAUCUGAAUAUA